AUGACUGAUGCCAUUGAUAAGAGAUGGUAUAUUUACACCACCAAUAACAAUUACUACUACUUGGCUCUCAUUGCAGUGGUAGUGGUGGUUUUCAUAAUUGCUUUCCUUGUCCACCUCAAAAGAAGGAAAAGAAAAUUGGCAGCAGCUCAAUUUAAUCAACAAUAUUAUAAUAAUGAUGCUGAGAUGCAAAAUUAUCCUAAUGGACCAGGGAAUUGGAACAACUAUCCCCAAGGAGGAAUUGGUCAACAGCCAGGUUACGGACCUAGUCAAGGUUUCAAUAACGAUGAAUAUGGUGCUCCACCACCUCAAUAUCCUGCUAAUCCUUCAGGAGAUAAGUUUACUGCUCCAGAAGGUCCACCACCAGGCCGUAACGUUUUUCAGGAUACUGAUGGCCAAAGUCAAUUUUCUGCUCCUGACGGGCCUCCACCAUCAUCCACUAGAACUGAUGAACAUGCACCUCCUGAAGGUCCACCACCUUCCAGUACCAGGUAG